AUGACUAUCACUCAAUCCGUCACCCCUGAACAGCGUACCGAGCUAAAAGCCAUUAUUAAUGAUGCCUUGAAGCCUUAUUUUGAAUCUGCUACGCCAUCCUUUGCUUGGGACAGCCAGGGGCCUCAAGAGACAAGUAAGAUGCUGGUGAAUCCAUAUGGUAUUGCUGCCAAACAACAAGAAGCUAUCAGAAGAGCCAAGGCGGUUCCAGACCUCAUGGUGGUGCGCAGAUAG